UUCAGCUACCUCCUUAUAUUCUCAUUCUCUUUAGCUUUAUUCUCUCUUGCUUUCUUUCUUUCUCUCUAUUUGCCUAAGGAGCCAUCAUCCACUUCCAUUUUGAUGUGAUGCUCCACUAACAAUAUCCCAUUCCAAAAACCCCAUCUAACUUUACAAAAGAUAGUAUCUUAGAUCAUUCAAGAAACUAUGGUUUUUUCCUCUAUUUCAGCUUCUUAUCUUGAUCCAGCCAACUGGCAGCAGCAAGCUGGACAUAGCAUCCAAAAUCCUCAGUUCCAAUCCGUGCAACCACAGAGGACUCUAGCAGCUCCACCGCCAGUUCAGACUCAUGUGGGCGGUGGAGGUACCAUUAGGCCGGGCUCGAUGGCUGACCGAGCCCGGUUAGCCAACAUACCAAUGGCCGAGGCGGUCCAAAAGUGCCCUCGUUGUGAAUCAACAAACACUAAGUUUUGCUACUUUAACAACUAUAGUCUUUCACAGCCUCGUCACUUCUGCAAGACAUGCAGAAGGUACUGGACGAGAGGGGGCGCUCUGAGGAGCGUCCCUGUAGGUGGCGGUUGUCGGAGGAACAAAAGGAGCAACAGUAGUACUAAAGCGACCAACAACAAUAACAAUACUCCCAAAUCUCCAGCUUCUAGUACUAGUACUGGUGGCUGCCGCCAAAUACCUACUAAUUCUGGCUCAACAAGCAACAAUAAUAACAAUUUUUCUAGUCCAUCAUCUGCAGCUAGUUUACUAGGUCUUAUGACCCCUCAAAUUCAUCACCCUCUACGUUUCAUGUCUCCUUUAGGCCAUUUGACUGAUAAUCAUCACUUCACUCCAAGUAAUGACAAUAAUAUUACCAUGAAUUACUCGGCAAUUUCCUCAUCAUCAGCUCCUGGAACCAACGAAAGUAUGAAUUUUCAGCUCGGAAUGGGUGGUAAUUUAGAGCAGUGGAGGCUGCAGCAGCAAGUGGCGAACCAAUUCCCUAAUUUCUAUGGCGGAUUGGACUCAUCUUCAGCUUCUGGGCUUUAUCCUUUUCACCCGGCUUACUAUACAAGUAAUGACGCGGGUGGUGUUACUGUAACAAGUAGUCAAAUUAGGCCAAAGAUCACGAAUCCCAUGCUCACACAGCUGGCUUUGAUGAAGAUGGAAGACAAUCACGAACAUUCAAGUUUGUCGCGGCAGUUUGUAGGGAAUCCAGGGAAUGAAAACUGGAGUAAUGGUAGUGGUUGGAAUGAGCUUUCGGCGAGUUUUAGCUCUUCUUCUACCAGUAAUGCCCUUUAAGUAGUUUACCAAAUGUUUCUGUAUUUCACUUUCUUCUCCUAUUCCGAUGUUGUAAUUUGAAAGCUGACAAUUUUGUUAGCAAAAGCUUCAUCAUAUGCUAGGAAGAGAGAAUGUCUGAAAACCCUAGAAUCUGUAGUUUUUUUUUUCUCCUUUCGUUUCCUUAUUUCUAAGUUAUGAUCUUAAUUUC